CGCGCGAUCUGUAUGAUGUGUAGUCUCCAUGGACUACCUAUACAAACUUACAAACAUUUCUAUCACUCUAUUGUUUAUAAACACACGUCUGUUCAGCGUAAUAAAAAAUAUAAACUGCGUUUCUCGUGAUAAAGUGAAACUUAUCGUUAAUAUUAUUCAAUUAUUUACUUCAAACAGCAAAAUAAAAAUGUCAUUAGUGAAAUAUAUAUUAUAAGUGAUAUUCAGUUAAUUCAUCUAUAAUAAAUAGUAAAUAAUAGCCGCCAGUAAAAGGACUGAAAAUUUGUGGUGUAUUUAAAUGCGUAGCUAUAAUAACACUUAACUCUCACUGUAAUAUUAUUUAAUCAGACAAAAGUUAUGUUCAGUGUCUAUUUAUUGGAAUGAAGAUACACUGUCGACAAAUUUAAUCUCAAGAUAAAUGAAUAAUUUCAAUUGAGCUAAAUUACUUUUCGAUUAUUGUUUUUGAUGAAGAUUGAUCUAUUGUGAAUUCUACAGUAUUUUUAUUAUAGUUAAAUCUCAAGUGAUAGCAAAGUUACAAUUAAAUAUGAAGCGAGGUCGAUAUAAAUUACAUUUAACUCCGGAGAGUAAUGGCAUUAUACCUCGAUCCACUUUUUAUAGAAAAUUAAAACAAUACCGAUGUACUGUUACAAAUGAAGAUAAUCAAAUUCCUAAUCAAAAUAUUGUUGAUGAUAAUACAAAUGGAAAUGAUCAAUUGGCUUGCGAGGAAAUUUUCGGCGAUAACAACUCAAUGUCUAUAGAAACUGUGAGUGAAAAUAAUGCUUCUCUUACCUAUCAACAAAACUCACCCACAUAUUCGGUACCAAAUUCAUGGUUUUAUGAAGACUAUGAUGAUGAAUCUCAACAUCGAGAAACAUGGUUUGACGCGGAAGAUUCAACAGUAAAUGAUUUUUAUAUUGGUUGUGAUAGUGAGCAUAAUCAGCAAGAUGAUAAGGAAAAAGACACCGAUAAGGAAAAAGACACUGAUUACGAAUACAACAAGCAACUUUGUAAGUGUUCGACAAUCACACGGGGAGAAGCUUUAAUGAUGACACUUGCAUUAGGAGCUGAAGAAUCCCUUACAUGGAAGACUAUUAUUGCUAUUUUAUCAAUGAUUAAUACAUUAUUCCAAAGUGACGUGGUCCCUGCUUCAAAAUAUAAAUUAUUUAAGACAUUAAAACUAAAUGAGGAUAUUCUUGUAUAUCAUAUAUACUGCAAAGAAUGUAAUUAUUAUUUUGGAGCUCAGAAAGAAUUGAACAAAGAUGAAUUCCAGUGUAAAAUUUGUGACAAAAAUGUGAAAUCGUCAGAUAUUGCUUAUUUUUUAACAUUUGAUAUCUCUCUACAACUAAAAUCAAUUUUGGAAGAUCCAGAAGUUCAACAAUUUUUAAUGGAAAAUCGUCAAGAUAAAAGAGAUGAUUGCAGCAAUAGUGAUCUUCAAAAUAUGAGGGAUGGAAAAAUUUAUAAGAAAUUAUCUACGAUAAAUAACCCUCUUUCAGAUGAAUAUAAUUUUUCAUACACUUUUAACACUGACGGUUGUCAACCAUCGAAAUCAAGCAAGCUUUCUAUCUGGCCCAUAUAUGCUCGUAUCAAUGAGUUCUCUUCGAAACUUCAAUCUAAGCAUAUGAUUAUGACAGGCUUAUGGAUUGAUAAAAAAGAACCCGACAUGCUCCUUUUUGCAACCAUUCGUUGA